AGAAGACGACUGCAUGCUGUGCAGACCCAGUAUUCCAGCAGCAACCUGAGUAUAUUUAAGGAUGCUUUGGACAGUAGUUUGUUAUCUUGUCCUUCUCUUACUCUUACGGGAGCUGUUUAAACCUGUGCCUGCACCCAUCAAUGGAAUCUAUAGACAGCCUGGUAGAUGGUAUCAUCUUAAAAGAAUCAUUUUCCUGUUCAUGUUCAAACUCAGACAAUGGAAGAAGAGGAAAGAGAAGACGUUACAGGAAGGGAAUUCUGGGUACGGGGCAUCUGUCAGCGACCCAGAAGAAAUGGAGGACAAUCCACCAUUAAUGGACAAUCCUUUUGCAAUAGAUUCAGUCUAUUUUGGGGGAUUCAACAAAGAUGGAGUAUAUCUUGCUGCCAGAGUUGCUAGACGCCAUGGUCGACAUUCAGAGGUGUGGUUGUAUCUCCGAAUCCCCGGGGUGGGGGACUUCCACCACCCUGUACAUCCUGACACCCUGGUCAGUAAUGUGACCCCAAGGACACUUACAGCGGGGGGACUGAGGAUUGAAAUGCUGGAACCCAUGAUAAAGUGGAGGAUUUCCUUCAAUGGACUGCUCAGAAAAGGUGUGUGUAAAGAAUUAGGCAGAGAGGAAAGCACCUUGGUGUGCACCAAAUUUUCCUUUAUAUGGAAGGCUAUGACAGAUCCAUUUAAUUUUGAUACAAACAUCAACCCAAGAGCCCUAGCAGAUGCAAUGGCUAGGGAAAAGUGGACAAGAGACUUCUUUAACAGACUUCAGAGAGACCACCAGACUCACUAUGAGCAGUGGGGGGAGCUGAGUGGAGGCUCAGAAUGCUGUCCUGUUUAUAUAGACCACCAGACUCACUAUGAGCAGUGGGGGGAGCUGAGUGGAGGCUCAGAAUGCUGUCCUGUUUAUAUAGACCACCAGACUCACUAUGAGCAGUGGGGGGAGCUGAGUGGAGGCUCAGAAUGCUGUCAUGUUUAUAUAGACCACCAGACUCACUAUGAGCAGUGGGGGGAGCUCAGUGGGAGGAUACAGGUUGAGGGUAGGGAGGAACAAUUUUUCCGGCUGAAGGCCGUCAGGGACCACUCAUAUGGUACGUGUCAUCGGAAUGUUAAUUCCUGUGUAUUGAAUGCUGAUAUUUCUUCCUCUCUGAAAGUUGUCUGA